AUGGGUGUUCAGGGACUGUGGUCGCUUGUAGGCCCUGCCGCUCGUCCAACACCGUUAGAAUCGUUAAGAAGAAAGAAAUUAGCAGUAGAUGCAUCAAUUUGGAUUCACCAGUUCAUGCGUACCAUGCGUGAUAAGGAAGGCAAUGCUUUGCGAAAUGGCCACCUACUAGGUUUUUUUCGACGUUUAUGUAAAUUACUGUUUUUCGACAUUAAACCCGUAUUUGUGUUUGAUGGAGGAGCACCAUUCUUAAAAAGAAGCACCAUUAAAGAAAGAAGGAAAAGGAGAGAAGGGUUGAAAGCCAAUUUGAAAGUAACUGCUAGGAAGAUUUUUAAUGCUCAAGUAAGGUCCAGAAUGCUGUUACAACACGAAAAGAAUUUGCAAAGUACAGAAGAGAAAACUUCUCAUGACACUACAGAAGAGGAAAACUAUGUCUACGUAGAAGAAUUAGAGCAAAAGGCAGCUGUCGAAACCUUACGUAGCAAACGCAAAGUAGAUCAAUAUGAGUUACCAGAAUUGGAUACUCACCGAGAAACCUAUGCUAAAAUCACCAAAAACAAUACAUUGGACCCGCGAUUAGCAACCAAAGAAGAGAUUCAAGAUUUUGUGAACGACUUUGCACCCUCCAUAAGUGCUAUGGAUAUUGAUAAUGAGGCAUUUGAAGCCUUGCCUCUAGAAGUGCAGUAUGAAGUUAUCCAAGACUUGAAAUGGAAAUCAAGAUCUACAUCCCAUGCUCGUCUUGAAGAUAUGGUGAGGAAAUCAGAAACAGCCCUGGAUUUUUCAAAGCAACAAAUACAAAAUUUGGAGCAUCGCAACAAGAUGACUCAAAGAAUGAUGCAGAUAAGUGGAAUGGCUCACUUGGUAGAGCCGACGAGAGUAGCAAGUGAAAGAGGAAGACAGUAUAUUUUGUACAAGAAUGAAAAUAUUCAAGAGGGGUUAGGAUGGAAGUUGCCUGGCUUAGAUGCAUUAACACCUGUAGAAUUGGAUUCCACAACUGACGCAGAGGAAGAGAAUGAUUUGGAAAAGGCAGAAGAAUUUGAAAAUAUUCAUAAUGGGUCUGCUGUUUCCGAACGUCGUGAACCAAAGCUAUUUAUACCAGCUGCUUCCGAGUUCAGUACCUCCAAUACUGAGAAUAUACCCCAACAAGAUAAAGUAGCAGCAGCUUUAAGUACGAAACCAGAACUUGCAGCCCUUUUAAACGGGAUAUUGACCUCUGAUGAGGACGAAAGAGAAGAAACAGAAAGUAGCAGCAGUGAUGAAGAACCAUUAUUUAUAUCUGAAGCUAAUGAUAAUGCAUCGGAUAAGUUGCCUGCUUCUAUGUUUCAACCUCAACAGCAGCAAACGAAUGAUGAUACAAUCAACGAUAUGGAAAUGUAUAUGAGGGAUCAUAAUGAUGCAGUGAAGAAGCAAGUUCUUACACGUAUGUACAGCGGUGAACAGAAUGAUCUACUUUUAGGGAAUCGGCAAUCACAAUAUAGUCGGGCACAGCCAAUAACAACAUUAGACAUUAAUGAAGAGCAAAGUUAUGCUGAUGCAUUUGCUUCUUUAACAGCUCAACAAUUAUAUGAACUAUGGUUAGCUAGAGCGCCUGACUCUUUUAUUUAUUUAAAUUCCAUGAAUGAUGCAUAUAAAUCAAUUUUAAGGUCGAUUAUUGAAGAAGAGAGUAUCACAGAGUUGGAAGCGAAACUCAAAUCAGUCCGCAGACAACGCAGUAAAACAAAUGCUGAUCAUGAUAUGACAUUGGAGGCAUUGAAAUUUGAAGCGUAUUUUAUUGAGGAUGUCAUUGCGUGGCGAAACAUGCAAAACGGGAAAAUGGCAGCAGCACCCAUUUCAAUCAGUAGCACAGACGAUGAAAAUGAUCAUUUUGAGGACAUUACUAUCGAGCAGCAACAACAAGGAAAUGCAGCUUCAGUAUCAUCACAUCCAAGUGUGGCAGAAAGCGUAAGUUCUGUCGUGCUUGCGGAUCAAAAUAAAGUCGGGGACAAGAAAGAUCUGACAUCUGCAAAUAAUACAAAUCAGAUCGAAUCCACAGUAACCAUGUUUAAUACAGAACCGCCGGACGAUUUGAUGGCUAUCUCAGAUGAUAUGAUUAUUACAGAUGAUGAAGAAGAGGAAAAUAUCCAAUUUAGUGAAGUACCUGUUGCAAAGAAGACGUCAUAUAUUACCAACGAUGUCAAUGAUACCAAAAACAAAAGUACCUUUCCAUGUGCUGAACAAGAUAGCCAAAUGCAACAUGUACAAAUUGAUAUCAAACAAUCAACCUUAUUUAAGAGAGAUACUGAGCUUACAUAUACCCAGCAUUUACAGCCUACAGAAAAGCAAGAUGAAGUACUCAAUUUACCUAAACAAACGACUAUCAAAACUGUUGAAUCAGUCUAUUCCACCAAGGGAGAUGCAAAUGCAGAUAUGCCUACAUCCAAAGUGACAACUUCAGAUAAAGAUACAUCUGCUGCUACAAAUGAAUGCACUACUGCUGAUGAAGACAAUACUUCUCAUAUUGUACAGCCUAAUGAUCCGACACAAAGCGGAUUAUCAAGUAACAAUGAGGAAAAAAUAGAUAUUACUCUCAAAGAGGAGAAAGUAGAAGAUGGAAGGAAAGAGACGACCAACACCACUACUAGUACUACUACUGUGGCUGAAGGUGAUGAAAACGAAAUAGUGUUUGCUGAAGAGCAAGGCUACAACUCGGAAGAAGAAUUAGUGAACACCAUGCAAGGUGAGGAAGCAGAAUAUUUACGUUUCGUUUCUGACAUUGCCACAAAGCAUCUUGAUGAUAUCAAGAAGGAUCUCCAGCGAGAAGUUAAGGAACUUAAUGCUUUACAGCGCAAAACCAUGGGUAAUACUGACGAUAUUACAGAUCAAAUGGUGCAAGACACACAAGAAUUGUUGACCUUAUUUGGCAUUCCUUAUAUAAUUGCACCCAUGGAAGCUGAAGCUCAGUGUGCCAAAUUAGAAGACCUUAACUUGGUGGACGGUACGAUUACAGAUGACUCUGAUGUGUUUUUGUUCGGUGCAAAACGAGUUUAUAAAAACAUGUUUAAUCAACAAAAGUAUGUGGAAUGCUACCUUAGUCAGGAUGUCGAACGAGAAAUGCAGUUAACGCGCAAAAGAUUGAUUCAGUUGGCAUUUUUGUUGGGAAGUGAUUACACAGAAGGUAUACCAGGCGUGGGUCCAGUAGCUGCUAUGGAGAUAUUGAAUGAAUUUGACACGGAUAACAAGGAUGAAGAUGAGAAAGAAGAUGAACCAUUGGAGGAGCCAUUGAUCAGGUUCAAAGAAUGGUACGAAAGUAAUAAGGAUGAAACACCUUUUCAACGAAGAUUUCGCAAGAGGCAUAAUGCGUUGGAUAUUCCCAAUGAUUUCCCAAACUCUGCGGUGACUAAAGCCUAUUAUCAUCCUACCGUUGACGACGCGACAGAUCAGUUCGUAUGGGGCCAGCCGCAACUCGAUUCAUUGAGAGUCUUUUUGAUGGAAUCCUUUAGUUGGUCAGAAGAGAAAACUGAUCAAGUGCUUUUGCCAGUUUUACGCGAAAUGAAUAGUAGAAAGACGACUGGCGAACAAUCAGUGAUAACUGCACAUUUUGGAACAGCUGGUCGUAUCAUUAGCACUUCGAAUACUGCAAAGCAUUCCAGUAAGCGUUUAUCAGUUUCACUAUUUAUUUCGCUCGCUUAA